AUGCCAGGCUCCGGCAGUCGUGGCAUCAUCACAGGCACCUAUCCGUCGACACCACUUCACAAAUUCAAUCGGAGACUGAUUGAUCUCGCCAAAGAACCCCAGCUAUUUCUGCCCAUUUUCGACAAGUGCAGAGAGAUCCUUGAAGCCAAGCUUGAGCCAGAUCAGACCACAUAUUUUGUACUACUCGAGGCUCAUGCACGGAACAAUGAUCUGGAUAACAUUCUGCGGACGUUGGAAGAGAUGGCGCUGGUUGGGGUUCCUCCAAAUAUCUCAGCAUUCAACAUCGGAUUGCGGGCUGCGGCAUUACAUGGAGAGACAGUCGUAAUGGAGAAGAUCAGGAAUAUGGUCAACAAAGCAGGACUAUCGCUGAAUGCCAACUCGUACGAGAUCAUUAUUCAGGGGCUCUGUGCGAACCAGGAACUAGAGCAUGCGUUGGAUCUGUUGGGAGAUAUGGCCGUCUCUGUCAAUGAAUAUGGUCAGCCGGACGAAAAUGGCCGACCCGUGAUUGACGUCCGCCCGACAUUGCAGUGCUACACACCCAUCAUUCAACUAGCACAGGCACUUCACGAGUCUGAGACGGCCUAUAUGGUCUUGAAAAUGGCAGAGGUUCAAGCAGGCCUUUCCAGGAUCCCGCCAGUCGUGUACUUGGAUCUGAUGGCCAGGGCUGCCGAAGAUUAUCUUCAUGCAGUCGAGUACUGUUGGAAAAAGGCUGUUAAAGAGAUGGGCGCAUAUCCGGAUGAGGGAACUUGCAUGAUGGUCUUGAACUGUGCAGGGCAAGGAAAGGCUCCUCGGUUAUCGGCAGAGGUGAUUCAGUACAUGGGUGCCAGCGGCAUGGAGUUCCAGGAGUAUCAUUUUGCACCACUGCUCCAGGCUUUUUCGCUUGCCAAAAAAUUCAAAUCUGCCUUCAAUGUCCUGUCGAUCAUGAGGACAUCGGGCAUGAAGCCGACCAUCCUGACAGCCUCGAGUUUACUCAAGGUCUUGGAUGAGCCAGGCAACAUUGAGGAUGCGUUUGUCUGCAUGAAGGAAAUGCACCAGGAGGGCAAGACCGUCGAUGUGGUCGCCUUUAACAUUCUCAUUGAGGCAUGCGGUCGAAGCAAGGACCUGACACGAGCCAUGGCCAUUUUUGAAUCGGCACCGGCACUGGGGGUCCAACCUGACACGGACACCUACAACGCGCUGCUGACAGGCUGCAUCACGGACAGAAAUAUGACGGAGGGCAAGAAUGUUAUUGUGAUGAUGCAGAGCGCAGGAGUCGACCCCAAUGUUGACACAUACCAGUCGCUGAUUUCGCUGUGCCUGACACAGAUUAACUACGAGGACGCAUUUAUGUACCUGGAAGAGAUGAAAAGUCAUAAUGUGAUCCCGUCAGAACCGAUCUACACAAGUCUGGUACGCAAGCUAGCGCGCGAGAACGACCCCCGAAUCAAGUACGCGAUCGAAGAGAUGGAGUCGUUUGGAUAUGUGGUAGGGCCGAACUUACGUUUGUAUAUUGAGACAGGUGGACUGAGCAACCUGGAAGAGUCGGAGCGCAGGAAACAGAUCCGCAUCUCGCAGCGCAGACGCAGUAGCCAUCGCCCGUCGCGUCAGUGGAAUUAG